GGCACAGGGAGGGUUGUCUCCCAGUUUUUGACAACAUGAGGAGAUAUUUGAUGAUAAAAAAGAUUCCUUUGCCGUGGUGGAGGAGGGACAACACGCAGAAUGAGACCAGUCCACUCAUACCAAAGGCAGGCUCUGCAAAAGAGGAUGCUGCAGAGCUUGGCCAUGUCACCAGUGAAUUUCACCAAGCAGGGACAAACAAUGAACAGGACCAUGACAGCCCUGUAUUCACAAGGAUCCAACCCAACUACAGUUAUUCUUUGAUGGACUACUUCCUUAAAUAUUUCCUGUUCCUGUGCAAUCUGGUGUUCACAGUCCUGGGCCUUGUGGUUCUCGGCCUGGGUAUGUGGGGCCUCAUCAGCAAAGAAUCGUUUGCUCAGGAGAAGAUCGGCAGCAUCGGCACCGACCCGAUGCUGAUACUUGUGACUCUGGGCUUCGUGCUGACCAUUCUCUGCCUGUCGGGCUGCGUGGGCGCCUUGAGAGAGAACUGCUGCUUACUAAAGCUGUUCUCUGCCGCGGUGCUGGUGCUCAUCACAGCCCAGGUGCUGGCUGCCAUCUUGGCCUACAGUCUGCAAGAUCAGAUUGGGGGCUACCUGCGGUCUGGGAUGUUAGCUGCCAUGGCACGCUACCAGGAUGAUCUGGAUCUGAGGUUCAUCACGGAUGAGAUUCAGUCAAAUCUGCAGUGCUGUGGGGCAGAUAACUACCGUGACUGGGAGGUCAACAUAUAUUACAACUGCUCAGCUCCAGGAGUGCUGGCCUGUGGUGUCCCUGCGACGUGCUGCGUUGACCCUCUAGAAAACGGCACAGUGUGGAACUCCCAGUGUGGCGUUGGAGCCCAGCAGCUUGAUGAGUUUACUGCUCAGAGUGUGAUCUUCCUGGGUGGCUGUCUUGGGGGGAUCUCGCGCUGGAUCGAACAGCACGAAGGCCUGAUAGGAACGGUUAGCAUUGUCGUACUGGGGGUCCAGAUUGUGAUUCUGUUUAUCACUACAAGACUGCUGGAAAGCAUCCAGUGGCAUAAAGUUUAUAUGUGACGAAUACAACUGUAUAUCUAAUGACUGCUGACUGCUUUUGGAUUCUGGCCUUGUUCAACUUGAUUGCAAACACUCAGAUUACUGUGUCUGUUUUGCCAAAGGAAAAGAAAAAUAACUAAUCAUUUUAAAAUGUCGAGUUGGCUGACCAAAGUGCGUUAUUCUGCAGGCAAAAAUCCCUGUCCUGGUUCAGAAAGAAAUUCCAUCAAAAGAAUCAAAUUUAGGCAAGGCCUUUCCUGACUCUAAAUCUACAGAAUGUGUUUUAUACCUUUGUUGCACUGUAAAAACCUUCACUUCUCCUGGAAACAUCUUGUAUAUCUUCAUACCCUGGCAAAAGGCCAUCAGAUGAGGAGCCAGGCUAGCUGUUUCCCCUUGUUUCCCGUCUUAAUGCUAAGCUAAACUAACCAGCUGCUGGUUGUAGCUUUAUAUUUAUUCUACAGACAUGUGCGCAGAAUUAGUGUUAUAACUUUGUAACUCUUUGUAAGCACAAUUCUCCAAACUAUUCUUUUAAGAACUUGCAAAAUGCAAAACAAGAAACCCAUUCUAACUUAGUGGGAACAGGUGGUGAUUUAAUUGACCCUGAAUUACUUAUGCACUGUUCUCGUUAUUUUGUGGUUCACUUUUCUUUUAAAAAGGGACAAAUAAAGCUAUAUAAUGGAAAUUUC